AGGAAAAUCUCAUUUCACGAAACACUCCCACGCGAGAAGACGCCCAAUCUCAGACUCUCUCUCUCUCUCUCAGCCGUCUCCAAGAGACCCAACCGGAAGAGCUAUUGCCGCCGCUCGAUCGCCGUUGCUCUCGUUGGUCCGGCUAGUUGCGCGCCGCCGCCCAUUCUCGUCAGCAGCCCUCACGUGCGCCACAUCUGCGGUUCUCCUUCCGUUGACGAUCUCGUCGCCGGUGGUACAGUGCUGUUCGCCACUGCGGUUGCUCCUUCGACUACCGCCGCUCCAUUGCGCUUCACCGGAGUCUAGUUUUGGUAAGUUUUUGGUGGAUUUAUCCCAAGAUAUUGAGUACCCAAUCAGUGUCCUGCCUAUUGUUGCUUUAAUCAUGACUGGACGGUAGAUUUGAGGUUUGGAAGAAUUUUGAAAUCAAAAGCAGCUGUCCAGCAGUCUUGAGGAUUGUUUUUGGCGAGUUAUCGGUUUUCGAGGCUGUCCAGCACGAUUGGAAUUUGUUUUGAUAGAAAUUUGGUGAAUACUUUAGGUUCCAAGGCUCUUUUGGAUUAUUUAACAAUGCCAUAAAUUGGGAUCUAACCCCUAAACUGUUGUGUCGAUUUUGGGACGUGUGGAAUUGGAAGGUUGGAGUUGGUUCUCAAAUUAAACCUCAUCGUAGGGUUGAUUCCAGAAUUUUCGUGGGCCAAGAGAGUUUAAUUUGUUUGGGUAUAUUGAGGUGCAUGAAUAGUUCUUGUUGCAUAUCAGCCAGCGAUCUGUUUUCAGUUACUACAAAUUUUGCGAUCUUGAAUCUCUAGCACUGGUAUCUUACAUGUCGAACAAUAGCAACAAUGUAUCCAUCACGGUUUCUGACAAUGAGUUGGACGAGUUGGAAAGGAUGCGUGUUCGAGUUCGGAGAAAGAGAAAAAAACAAGGGAAUCGAGUCAAGAAUGAGUUGGCUCCUCGAAUUUUUAGAAUGAUGUUGAAGUAUUGGUUGGUUGUUUUCUUCCUUCUUGCUGCUGGAUUGCUUUUGUUUGAGGCAACAAAAAUUGGUCAAAAAUCAAGGCUGGAGGCGAAAUCAGAGCAUAGUGGCAUGACGAGGGCAAAGUUAGAUGAUUCGAAACUCGGACCUGUGAUGGAGUCGGGGUUGGACAAUAAACCAGAUGGGAAUUUGAAUAGACUCGAUCCAGUUACUAGGAUGGUUUCCGGAAUAAGAGAACGUUGCUUGAAACUUCUGCCACCAAAAGAACUUGAGCAAUUGGAUAUUCCUGUGCGUGAAGGUUCGCCAGUUCCAGAGAUUGAUGUGAACUACAUAACUAAUAGUGACAGUUCAUUGUUAGUAGAUAAAUUUUCCUUGUCACGACAGAGCAUGAAUGCAACAAGAUUUAAUCUAUUUACUGGAUACCAGACUCUCGACCAAAGAGAAAAAAGUUUUAAGGUAAAUAGAACUGUUGAGGUACAUUGCGGUUUUUACAGUGAUGAUGGGGGUUUCAGAAUUUCUAAUGAAGAUAGAACUUUCAUGCAAACAUGCACUCUUGUUGUGUCCACAUGCGCAUUUGGUGGUGGAGAUGAUCUUUAUCAACCUAUUGGAAUGUCAGAGGCAUCACUUCGCAAGGUUUGCUAUGUUGCAUUUUGGGAUGAAAUCACUUUAAGUGCACAGGAAGCAGUGGGACAUGUUAUUGGUGAGGAUGGAUUUAUUGGGAAAUGGCGUGUUGUGGUUGUGAGGGAUCUUCCUUUCACUGAUCAAAGAUUGAAUGGCAAAAUCCCGAAGAUGUUGGGUCAUCGUCUCUUCCCUAAUGUGAAGUACUCCAUUUGGGUAGAUUCAAAGUCUCAAUUCCGGAGAGACCCACUAGGAGUGUUUGAAGCUCUUCUUUGGCGUUCAAAUUCUGAACUUGCAAUAUCACAACAUGGAGCUCGUAGUAGUGUCUAUGAUGAGGCUGGAGCUGUGGUCAAGAAACAUAAAGCCACCCCAGAAGAAGUCGACGUGCAGAUAAAACGAUAUCGUCAUGAUAACUUCCCAGAUGACAAGAGAUUUAAUGGGCAUAAAGCUCUUGCAGAGGCCUCUGUUAUUGUUAGGGAGCACUCUCCCAUGGUGAAUUUGUUCAUGUGCCUUUGGUUUAAUGAGGUGGUGCGGUUUACUUCCAGGGAUCAGCUUAGCUUCCCAUAUGUUCUAUGGCGGUUGAAACUUGUUAAGAAAAUUAAUAUGUUCCCCGUUUGCAUUCGCAAAGAUCUUGUCAAUAGUAUGGGCCACAUUCGCAAGGCUAAGCCUCUGAAUAUUUGCGAGUCUUGCCACAUGAAUGGAGCAGUACAUCCAGGGAUUUGGUUGAUCAAGCAUAUUCAAAGUUUCUUUCCAGAAUAAGUAUGCCUUACAAAGUCAAUCUUACACCUUUACUGGAAGAAUAUAUACUUUUUUUAUGAUUGCUUAAACAUCUCGCAUGCAGUCUCUAGGCCAAUGCUGUGCCUACACUAGCAAAGUUCAAUCACCAGCCAAGUGAAGCUUAUGAGCAAGCUUAAGCUUGACACGACAUAUAAGUAUGAUUAUAUACUUUGUAACUCAUUCACGCUGGUAAUGAGUUUGUGUAAAACCUCCAAUAGUCUACACUUAUAAAAGGAAGGGUAAAAAGGGAAGUUCACAAAUGAAUUUGGUUAAGGAGUAGAGGAAGAGGCUGAAACCGUUUCAACAGAAAUGAGAAGGGAUUGCGUUGGAGAGGGGACCACAGGGGACGACAGAAGAAAGGGAAGGAAGUUCUGAAUAAGGAAGAGGAAUUCUUCAUGGAGAGAUUUCCUCAACAUCUCUCGAAAACCAGCUGGGUCCUUUGAUGUUUGCUUAUUUUCUAUAUAUUGCUUUCUUUUUCUUACUGUAAGUUGUCGUUAGUGUUUUGGUUUGCUGAAUUGUUGGAAGACAUUAAAGAGCUUUGAAAUAUAGUUUUGCCUUUCUAUU